AUGACUGCAACAAGCAAGACGGAUCAAAAAGCUGCGUUAGACAUUGCAUCAUGGCUAUUCAAUGUUGUUACUUCAGUUGGAAUCAUCCUCGUUAACAAAGCUUUAAUGGCGACUUAUGGUUUUAGUUUCGCUACAACAUUAACCGGUUUGCAUUUCGGAACGACGACAUUGUUGACAACGUUCUUGACAUGGCUUGGUUAUAUUCAACCUUCUCAGCUUCCGUGGCCUGAUCUUUUAAAAUUCGUUUUGUUCGCAAAUUUCUCGAUCGUUGGGAUGAACGUGAGUUUGAUGUGGAAUUCUGUCGGAUUCUAUCAGAUUGCGAAGCUGAGUAUGAUACCGGUUUCUUGUCUUCUAGAAGUUGUUCUUGACAAUGUCAGGUAUUCAAGAGAUACAAAGCUUAGCAUUUUGUUAGUUCUUGCUGGUGUUGCUGUCUGUACUGUAACCGAUGUUAGUGUCAAUCUCAACGGAUUUCUCGCUGCCGCUAUUGCUGUCUGGAGCACCGCGCUUCAGCAAUACUAUGUACAUUAUCUACAACGGAAAUAUUCGCUCGGUUCUUUCAAUUUACUAGCCCAUACUGCUCCAGUACAAGCUGCCUCGUUGUUGUUGGUCGGACCAUUUCUAGACUACUGGUUCACUAACCAAAGAGUGGAUGCAUACAACUUUUCAUUCGUGUCUCUGUUCUUCUUAAUACUCUCGUGCAGUAUCGCGGUCGGGACUAAUCUGAGCCAAUUCAUAUGUAUCGGAAGAUUCACGGCGGUGUCUUUCCAAGUACUUGGUCACAUGAAGACAAUUCUUGUUUUGGUUUUGGGAUUCACUUUCUUUGGUAAGGAAGGUUUAAACUUACAAGUAGUACUUGGAAUGCUCAUAGCGAUCCUCGGUAUGAUCUGGUACGGUAAUGCAUCUUCUAAACCGGGCGGUAAAGAGCGUCGUAGCCUCUCAAUUCCCAUAACCAAGUCACAGAAACUCAGUUUAUCUGAAACAAACGAAUCUGGUGAAAAGGUCUAA